CUGUAAGAGAGGCAGAAAGUGGAGGAACACAGAUUCAUUUCCUGCCUACUCCCAUGCGUGUAAAGGCCGUCCCCUCUUUACUUAAACAAAGUUAUCCACUAGUGCUUAAGGGAAAUCUAGAUGUGACAUGCCAGUGCGACAAAAGGAGCUAGGAUGCUGCGGGUUAAGAUAGAAUCCGCCAAAGGGAUACCUAAAAAGACACUCGGAAAUCCAGACCCUUUUGUCACAGUCAUAUUUUGUGAUGAAAAGAAGAAGACAAAGCAUAUAGACAAUGAGGUAAAUCCUAUCUGGAAUGAAGACUUAGAAUUUGACUUGAAGGGGCAGUCUUUGGCCUCCUCCUCGGUCAUUGAUGUAGUUGUGAAGGACUAUGAAACCAUCGGAAAAGACAAAUUUAUUGGAUCUGCAAAUAUAUCCCUCAAAGAACUGGGCUCUGGUCAAAUCAGGUCUCUUCCUGCAAAAAACAUCUCUCUUUUGGGUGACAAGAAACAAGAUACAGGGGCUGUAAUUAAUCUCAUAAUUGACUAUAAGCCUCCAGCAAAUGCAACAUCAAGUGCAAACAAUAGCAAGGAUAAAGAGUCUGUUGCAGAAGAAGCGGGCAAGGAAGAUGAUGGAGGUGAAGGAGUUGACAAUGUGGUCGAUGGAGGGCAGUUGGUGCCUUCUGGUGCAGCUCCCCUCCCUGGUCAGCCCAGAGAACCAGCAUGGAAGGUUACCAGGAAGAGACACAGGGCCCUGGUGAACAAACCUCAGGAUUUCCAGCUCCGGAUCCGAGUGAUUGAAGGAAGGCAACUGGCAGGCAACAGAAUCAAGCCUGUUGUUAAAGUCAAUGUUUGUGGACAAACACAUAGGACUAGAAUCAAAAGAGGAAAUAAUCCUUUUUUUGAUGAGAUCUUCUUCUACAAUGUCAACAUGCUCCCUUCUGAAUUGUUUGAUGAAUAUGUCAUACUGCGGGUGUAUAACUCAUACUCAGUAAGGGCAGACAGUCUUAUAGGAGAGUUCAAGAUGGACAUUGGAUAUGUCUAUGAUGAACCAGCUCAUGCUAUUAUGAGAAAGUGGCUUCUUCUGAGUGAUGCAGAUGAUUUAAGCUCUGGGGCAAGAGGUUACCUGAAAGUCAGCAUGAUGAUAGUUGGAACCGGAGAUGAGCCACCGGUGGAGAAGAGCGAUCGUAAUGAGGACCAAGAUGACGUUGAGAAAAACCUACUUCGACCAGCUGGGGUCUCAUUGAGAUCGGCUACCCUCACCCUCAAAGUAUAUCGAGCUGAGGACAUGCCUCAGAUGGAUGAUGCAAUUGCACAGACAGUCAAGCAUAUCUUUGGAGGAGUGGCUAAUUAUAAAAACUUGGUGGACCCAUUUUUGGAAGUCAGUUUUGCUGGCAAAAAGCUUCGCACAAAAAUCAUUAAAAAGAAUGCAAAUCCUGAGUGGAACCAGCUCAUUAAUCUUCAGAUCAAGUUGCCAUCUAUGUGUGAGCGCAUUAAGCUGACUGUAUAUGAUUGGGAUUGUCUCACAGAGAAUGAUACUAUUGGAACCACAUACCUAAAUCUUUCACAAAUAGCAUCUUCCGGUGAGGAGAUUGAAGAGCUUCACGCUGAGGAUGACACUGAUGCAACAUCUUCAGUUGAUUUACCAGAGGCACACGUUGGAUUCCUACCAGCCUUUGGACCUUGUUACCUAAACUUAUACGGCAGUCCGAGGGAGUACUCAGGACUUCCUGAUGCAUACGAGGAGCUGAACCACGGGAAGGGUGAAGGGGUUGCCUACCGGGGUCGUAUCCUGGUUGAACUCACCUCUCAGCUAGAUGGCAAACCUGAGAAGAAGGUGGAGGAAAUUCCAAGAGAUUACAUCCUAGUAGCCCAGAAAUACCAGCGACGGAGGAAAUACUCUCUGUGUGCAGUGUUCCAUAGUGCAUGCAUGCUGCAGGAACCUGGUGAACCCAUCCAAUUUGAAGUCAGCAUCGGAAACUAUGGCAACAAGCUAGACACCACCUACAAGCCCUUGUCAUCUACCACUCAGUACUCCUGUGCUGUAUUUGAUGGCAAUCACUACCACUAUUUGCCCUGGGCUAGCACCAAGCCUGUUGUUAUCCUCACAUCUUACUGGGAAGACAUAAGCCACCGUUUAGACUCAGUCAACAUUAUCUUGUACAUUGCUGAACGAUUGCAUUCAAACCUCACCUCUUUGAAAACUGCUAUACUGGCCAAGGCCUCAGACACCCGACUAGCAGAGAUCUGGCUUAAGCUGAUCAACUAUUUGAUGGAGGACCUCAGCAGCUGUCAUAUGCCAGAACUGGAAGGUAAACCAAACCUUACAACACUGGAUCUCCAGUUGAAGAUGUUACGGAAUUCAACUAUUACCAGCAUCAGAGAGGCUGCCAAACGCAUGAAAGAAGGAGCCACUGACAUUAGGACCACCAUUGCUGAUAUUGAGGAUUGGUUAAAUCAUCUCAUGCAAAUAUCUGAGGAGCCUCAGAACAGCAUACCUGACGUUAUCAUCUGGAUGCUAAGAGGAGAGAGACGGGUGGCCUAUGCCAGGAUCCCAGCCCACCAAGUCCUUCACUCCACUUACAGUGAUAAGGCCAUGGGAAAACAGUGUGGUAAAACGCAAACCAUCUUCAUGAAGUACCCCAUGGACAAAAAAAAAGGAGCGACGAUCCCAGUUCAGCUGCGAGUCAACAUGUGGCUAGGCCUGUCUGCACAUGAGGAGACGUUUAAUAGCUUUGCAGAGGGCACCUUCACUGUGUAUGCUGAAAUGUAUGAGAACCAGGCAAAAGUGGGAAAAUGGGGCACCGCAGGCCUAGUUGGUCGGCAUAAAUGUUCCGAUGUGACGGGCAAAGUAAAGCUGAAGCAGGAGUAUUUCAUGCCGCCCAGAGGCUGGCAGUGGGAGGGUGACUGGUUUGUUGAUCCUGAGCGAAGCUUGCUGACCGAAGCAGAUGCUGGCCACACAGAGUUCACUGAUGAGGUAUUUCAGAACGAGGUUCGGUUUCCUGGGGUGGAGUGGAAACCUGCUCCCGAGCCUUUCACAGAUGUGAAUGGAGAGAAGGCCCAAAGUCCAGAGGCAUUCGAGUGUCCACCUGGAUGGACAUGGGGUGACGAUGACUGGGACUUUGAUCACAACAGAGCUGUAGAUGAAAAUGGUUGGGAAUAUGGACUCACCAUUCCUCCAGAUGAUAAGCCCAGGUCAUGGGUAUCAACAGAAAAGAUGUACCACAUGCAUCGCAGGAAGAGGCUUAUACGACACAGAAAGAAGAUCUCAGAUAUGCCUAUAAAAGCAAUGAAAGCAGAAUCAGGAGAAGGUUGGGAAUACUCGUCUCUGAUUGGCUGGAAGUUCCACAGCAAAGAGCGUUCCUCUGAUACCUUCCGACGUCGACGUUGGAGAAGGAAGAUGGCUCCUUCAGGAAGCAUUGGAGCCUGUGCCAUCUUUAAACUGGAGGGAGCUAUGGGGGUGGAUGUUGAUGAAAAAGCCAGUAAAAAGGAUACAGCUAAACAGUUUGGCGCCAGCACACCCAUGGUCUCCUGUAGCUUUGACAGAUCUUUUAUAUUCCAUCUCAGAGUCUAUGUCUAUCAGGCCAGGAAUCUCCUUGCUAUGGACAAAGACAGCUUUUCAGAUCCUUAUGUGCAUGUCUCAUUUCUUCAUGUGAGCAAAACAACAGAAACAAUCACUGGCACAUUAAAUCCAACAUGGGAUCAAACUCUCAUUUUUGACAAUGUUGAGAUCUACGGGAAUCCCAAAAGUAUAGCUCACUAUCCACCUAGUGUGGUCCUGGAACUCUAUGACCGUGACCAAGUGGGUAAAGAUGAGCCUAUGGGCAGAUGCUUGUGUCUUCCUGUUGUAAAUCUAAAUCCAGCCGUACCAGUGACCCCCAGAUUGCUAUGGUAUCCCAUCACACUGAAAGGCAAGAGUGCUGGGGAGAUGCUGGUGGCAUCAGAACUCCUUCUGAAAAACAAGUCAGAUGACACCGAGCUGCCCAUCGUUCCAUCAAGAAAGGAUGGGAAGUUUUACAUGGUGCCUCAAGGGAUCAGGCCAGUGGUUCAGCUCACUGCCAUUGAGAUUCUCACCUGGGGAUUGCGUAACAUAAAGAGUUAUCAACUGGCUGCAGUCUCCUCUCCAAGUCUGAUUGUUGAAUGUGGAGGGCAGGUUGUUCAGACUGGAGUGAUCAAAAACAUGAAAAGAAACCCUAAUUUUCCAGGAUCUGUGCUGUUCAUGAAAGUGCUUCUUCCUAAGGUCGACAUGUAUACUCCUCCUAUAAUGUUGAAAGUGAUAGACCAUAGACCAUUUGGCAGGAAGCCUAUUGUUGGUCAGUGUACUAUUGACUCCCUAGAUGAAUUCAGGCGUGCGGAAAAUACUGAAGUGGCUUGGUCAGCCAAAGUGUCAAUACUCUCCACGGGCCUUGAAGAUGUCAUAUUAGACAUUGAGAAGACACAGACAGUCUUUAACACAAAGACCAUUGCAGAGGAAGACUCUGUUGACUGGUGGAGUAAAUUCUACUCUUCUAUUGGAGAGAGUGAAAAGUGUGGCCCCUACCUGCAAAAAGGUUUUAACACCUUAAUGGUAUAUCACAGUGAACUAGAAGAGGUCCCAGAGUUUCAAGGACUGACUGACUUCUGCAGCACCUUCAAGCUACAGAGGGGGAAGACUGAAGACGAGGAUGAUGACCCCACAGUGGUGGGAGAAUUUAAGGGAUCUUUCCGAGUUUAUCCCCUGUCUGAUGACCCCAACAUUUCUCCACCUCCUCGCCAGUUCAGAGAACUACCUGACAGCACACCUCAGGACUGUCUCAUUAGGAUAUAUAUUGUGCGCUGUAUUGACUUGCAACCCAAGGACAACAACGGUCUUUGUGAUCCUUACAUCAAGAUUUCACUGGGAAAACAUUCUGUGGAGGACAGAGAGCACUACAAACCAAAUACCCUUAAUCCAGAAUUUGGCAGAAUGUUUGAGCUAUCCUGUUUUCUCCCACAAGACAAAGAUUUGAACAUAUCGAUCUAUGACUAUGAUUUACUAAGCCGUGAUGAGAAGGUUGGAGAGACAGUGAUUGACCUUGAGAACCGAUUGUUCUCUCGCUAUCGUUCAUCCUGUGGGCUCCCAGAAUCAUACUGUGUCUCUGGGAUCAACCAGUGGAGAGACCAGCUGAGGCCAUCACAGAUUCUUCAGAAUCUGGCUCGACUAAAAGGAAUUCCCCCACCACAGAUUGAAAACAAUGGCAGUUCACUCUCCUUUGCUGGAAAAAUGUACAGCCUGCUUGAUUUUGAGGCAAGUAAAAUGAUCCACCAACACCUUGGACCACCAAAAGAGCGAAUCUGCCUACACGUGCUAAAGACACAGGGACUAGUACCUGAACAUGUGGAGACUCGAACCUUGUACAGCACAUACCAGCCGACAUUGCCACAGGGCAGAAUUCAGAUGUGGGUUGACAUUUUCCCAAAAAGCCUGGGCACUCCUAGCCCUCCCUUUGACAUUCGUCCAAGAAAAGCCAGAAGAUAUUUUCUACGAGCAAUCAUCUGGAACACCAGUGAGGUGAUUCUAGAUGAAACUAGCAUCACAGGAGAAAAUAUGAGUGACAUUUAUGUCAAAGGGUGGAUGCUUGGUAUGGAGGAAGACAAGCAGAAGACUGAUGUGCACUACAGAUCACUUGAUGGAGAUGGGAAUUUCAACUGGAGAUUUGUCUUUGGAUUUGACUACUUACCAACAGAGCAGCUGUGCAUUGUGUCCAAAAAAGAACAUUUCUGGAAUCUUGACAAAACCCAGCUCAGAAUACCACCAAAGUUGAUUAUUCAGAUAUGGGAUAAUGACAAAUUCUCCCUGGAUGACUAUUUAGGCUCUCUUGAGCUGGAUUUGCUUCGGCUCAUCCCACCAGCUAAAAAUCCAGAGAAAUGUACACUCGACAUGUUACCAGAUAUGGCUGGUAACUCAAACAGUGAAUCCUCCCGACACAACUCCCUGUUUGCCCAGAAGUCUGUGCGAGGCUGGUGGCCAUGCAAGAUGGAGCAGGAUGGGAAGCAAGUGCUGACUGGUAAAGUGGAGAUGACUCUAGAAGUGGUGGAUGAUCAUUUUGCAGAGGAAAGGCCUGCUGGGAAAGGCAGAGAUGAACCUAACAUGAAUCCAAAACUAGACCCUCCAAACCGUCCAGAAAUGUCCUUCUUUUGGUUCACAAGUCCAUGCAAAACCAUGAAAUAUAUUAUGUGGCGGAGAUUCAAGUGGCUCUUUAUUAAAAUCAUAAUCCUCUUGAUAGUAUUACUGUUCCUAGCAAUCCUGCUGUACUCCUUACCAAACUACAUCUCAAUGAAAAUUGUGAAGCCAUUCUGAAUGGAGAAUAUGUGGUUAUGUGCUGAUGGAUGUGACUCAGACGUGCAUAAGUACUGUUAUAUGGAGGAACAAAUACCCUCUAUAGUGCCCUUUAUAAACCUGUGCUUUUUCUUUUGAUUAUGAUUAUGCAACAACUUCAUUUGAUUUUGCAAAAACCUCAUUGUCAAUGAAAAACUGCUUUGUGUUUGUGUUAAUUGUACAUUUCACUUUACAAACCAACACAAGGUGGGCUUACAGGGACACUUUUUAUCUGAUUAGAAUCUGAAUAAUGGUUCAAUUGGAAUAAAAAAUAACACAUAUAUACAUCUUGAUCAGAAUAAAACUGCCGAUUCGCUUAGAAUUUUAUUCGGAAUGAAAGAGGUGGUGUAUUCCGUUCUUAUUCCAAUUGAACAGCCAUGUAUACGGUCAAUCGGGUUGCCCACUGUAACUUCUCAAGCAAAAGCAAAGCAGAAAUGGCUAUUCCCCUAUGUCUAUGUAAACCCACCUGAGUCAAUUACUGAUAUUGUUAAAUAUCACCACUGCUACCACAUUUUUAAAAUGGGGCAACCCCAAUCUUUUUUGUAG